AUGGCAGAGCAGCAGAGUGCCUCCGAGCAACCGGUCGCUGGGAAAAGUCCAAGUGCACCAGGAGCAAAUUACAAGCUCUUAGUUUAUGAGCUUGAGAACUUCCAGGGUCGCAAGUCUGAGUUUACUGGAGAAUGUAUGAACCUGGCUGAGAAAGGUUUUGAAAAGGUGGGAUCAAUCCGUGUGGAGAGUGGUCCAUGGGUAGGGUUUGAACGACAGAAGUUCACUGGUGAGCAGUUUGUUUUGGAGAAGGGAGAAUACCCACGCUGGGAUACAUGGUCCAACAGCCACAACAGUGAGAGACUACUAUCACUCAGACCCAUCCGCAUCGAUGGCGGAGAGCACAAGAUCCAUCUCUUUGAGUUAGCUGGGUAUAAUGGGAGGAAGAUGGAGAUUGUAGAAGAUGAUGUUCCCAGCCUUUGGGCUUAUGGAUUCCAGAAUAGAGUAGCCAGCAUCAAAGUCAUCAAUGGAACGUGGGUAGGGUACCAGUACCCUGGUUAUCGAGGACCCCAGUAUGUAUUUGAAAAAGUGGACUAUAAACAUUGGAACGAAUGGGAUUCGAACCAGCCCCUGAUCCAGUCGAUCCGCCGUGUUCGUGAUAUGCAGUGGCACAAACAAGGCUGCUUUCAGGCUACUCCCACGAGCAGCUGAAAGAGACAGGAGGAAAACCUUGAGGUCAGGGGCAGAGCGUUUGCAAAGAAGAGAAGAAUGAAGUAGAACCUGUAGGCCUUACGUCAAUGUGCUGUACAAAAAAAACGCUACAAA